AGACAUACUCUCUAAUCUGUGGACAGUAUGCUCUCUGGGUUUUUCUCAGUGAACCAAAGUACCUAACAUUUUAAAAUAGUAUCUAAAAUGCCAGAAUGUUGUGCAGUGCCUAUGUGUUCAAAUAGAAUAGGCGGGCAUAAGUUCCCUGCAGAUGCAGAUCGAACAAAACAGUGGGUUGAAGCCAUUCGCAGACCUGACUUUACUCCGUCGAAACACAGCGUAGUGUGUAAACGCCACUUCACGGAUGACGAUUUUGUGAUGCCGCAGGAUUCGGUAUUGCAAAGACCCAGACCACAGUUGAAAAAAACUGCCGUGCCAAGUAUCUUCCCAUGGAAUAAACCAGGAAACCCGUGGGGGCGACCAAAAGGGAGUGUUAGAAAGAAAUUCACCGUCCCAGCACCCAUGAACGAUGAAAAAGAGAAGGGCGACGUGGAAAUCCUGACUUCAGAAAGUCAAAUCUGUGAUGCAUCGACUAUAAAUGAUAAUAAAAAUAAAGUCAACCCUGUACGUAAGAACCUUAAAGUUUUAAAAGUUCAGAAAAUUGGUUCAUUACCAACAAAAUUAAAACGCAACAUAAGCAAGAUCAAUAAGGAUAAUCUGAAUUUAAUUCUGAACAAAAAACUCAAAUACUUGACUUCUAAUACCAAUGAGCAACCUAUAACUAUUAAUAUCAACAAUAACAUUAACACAAUACUUAAUAACCUUAAAGAAAUAAAAAUUAAGAAAAGUACACCUGCAGCGAAGCCAAAACGCAACUUACCAUCGAACAAUGUGGAUUUAAUUAUAUGCGAAAAGGUUCGUAAAUAUUUGGAUUCUAACACUAAUGUGUCUCCAGAGACCGAUCUCUGCAGCUCAAAUCAAAAUUUUACGAAUUCAAAUACAAGUUAUAUUGUUCCAAUACCAUCUGCAAUUUGUGAAGUAUCUUACACUGAUGAUCAUCAAAACGAAGAUUCAAGGAAAACUACGCAUAAUAAUAUUCAAUUUCAAACAGAUGCUAUGGUACAAUGCAACCUGUGCCAAUGCUCGACGAUUGAAAAGCAGAAAAGAAUUUUUUCAAUUGACAAUUUAAUGGACACAACAAAUCCUGCCGAAGUAAAAUAUUACACGGGUUUUGCAGAUUACCAACAAUUCACCGACACAUUUAAACUUUUAGGAGAUGGCGUUUAUGAUGUUAAUAAGUUUCAUAAUACUAAGAAGUCACUAACACUGCUCGAUCAAUUCCUAUUAACUGUUAUAAAGUUACGAAGGAAUAAACCGUUGAUAGAAUUGGGAUUCAAUUUUUGCAUCAAAAAAGAGACUGUUGCGAUUGUAUUGAAGAAUUGGAUUGAAUUUUUGUUUUGUAAAUUGAAGGACCCUUCGAUGCUAUGUCAUACAAAUUAUGGAAGUGAAAGACCAUGUAUUAUUAUUAUAGAAAGCCAUGGGAAUGAACCAGAAAAUGUUCCUAGUGAGUCUCCAGAGAGUCCAAAGGUACAUUCCAGCAUAAGUGUAAAAGUGUGCGUUGGAAUUACUGAUAACUCCAUUCACGUUUCAGAAGCAUAUCCGGGUAAUUUGGGUGAUGACGAAGUGAAGUUGAGAGCUCGAUCCGAAUGUAAUGAAUUAAAAGAGUUAGCUAGUGAUUCUAACGUAAAAUGUGUUACAGUAGUUUUGUCCAAAACAUACACAAUCCUAAGCAAGAAAAUGGAUCCUAUGUUAUUGCCGUUAACAAACAAAAUUGUUUUUGUGUGUUUCAUGUUGUCGAAUUUUAAUAAAGAAGCUAGAAAAUACUACUAAAAUACUCUGCACCGACAGAGUAAAUACAAACGAGUAGGUCAUCUUCAUAGAAACGCACUGAGCGCGGUUUGUAUGUGAGCGCGCCAAUACGUAUGCGGAGCGCACGCACACACUGAAAAAAUUUUGCGUGGAUUAGCGUUAGCGGGGUGUUGCGCCGAAUUUUGUAGGUGUGUGCGUGCGCGCCGCAUACGUAUGCCAAUGUAAUACGCUCACAUACAAACCGCGCUCGGUGCGUUUCUAUGAAGAUGACCUACUCAUUUGUAUUUACUCUGGCACCGCUCUGCCUUGGUGGAAAUCGGGCCAAAUGGUGUUUCGUUGUUGUACUUGUGUUACGUACACUACUGUGACAUGAUAAUUAUAAUUAGAUUUUGUAAGAAUUAGCAAGAUUGAAAAAGACUAAUAAAAUUAUAUAUUUUA